AUGUCGCGUGUGAUUCGUCACCGUGGUCCUGACUGGUCGGGCUGUGUGGUUGUGAGCGAGGAGGACCCUAAAUCGAAGACUCGUGGAAGCGUCUUGUGCCAUGAGCGUCUUGCGAUUGUGGGUGUUGACUCGGGUGCGCAGCCGCUUGUGAGCGAGGACAAGAAGAUCUACCUGGCUGUGAACGGUGAGAUCUACAACUACCGUCAGCUGCGUGCGUCGCUGAAGAACAAGGUGCACUUCCAGACUGACAGUGACUGUGAGGUGAUCAUGUACCUCUACCGUGAGCACGGCGUGGAGUUCGUCAACAUGCUUGACGGUAUGUUUGCGUUUGUGCUUCUCGACACGACUGUGACGCCGCACCGUGUUGUGGCGGCGCGUGACCCGAUCGGUAUUACGACGCUGUACUAUGGCCGCUCGUUCGAGUUCCCUGGUGCGAUUUUCUUCUCGAGUGAAUUGAAGGCUAUUUCGGGCGAGUGUGAGCGUCUACACUCGUUCCCACCGGGCCACUACUACGACAGUGCGCGUGAUACUGGCCAAGAGAUGGUGCGCUACUACAACCCAUCGUGGUGGGACUCGGACCAAACUGGCCGUCUUCCGACGUCGCCGGCGGAUCUCUCGCUGAUCCGCACGACAUUGGAGAAGGCGGUGCGUAAGCGUCUCAUGAGUGAGGUCGCGUAUGGUGUACUGCUCAGUGGUGGUCUGGACUCGUCGCUGAUUGCGUCGAUUGCAGCGCGUGAGACGGAAAAGCAAGCGAUGGUGCAGCAAGUCGCGACGCACCACCCACGUGCGAAGGUGCGCCGCACGGAUGCUGCGGAGGAUGUGUCGCAGAACGCGGAGGAGCAGCCGCUGGUGGCGUGGCCGCGUCUGCACUCGUUCUCGAUUGGUUUGCCGGGCUCGCCAGACCUGCUCGCGGCGCGACAGGCGGCCGAGUUCCUGGGUACGGUGCACCACGAGUAUACCUUUACUGUGCAGGAGGGUCUGGAUGCGCUCUCUGACGUGGUGUACCACCUGGAGACGUACGACGUGACGACCGUGCGUGCCUCGACGCCCAUGUACUUGCUCUCGCGCAAGAUCAAGGCGACGGGUGUCAAGAUGGUGCUCUCUGGUGAGGGCUCAGAUGAAGUGUUUGGUGGUUACCUGUACUUCCACGCGGCGCCGGACAAGGAGGCGUUCCACCAGGAGUCGGUGAAGCGUGUGAAGAACCUGCACACGGCCGACUGCCUGCGUGCGAACAAGAGUACGAUGGCGUGGGGUCUGGAAGCGCGUGUGCCGUUCCUGGACAAGAAGUUCCUGGAUGUGUGUAUGAACAUUGACCCUGCGCAAAAGCAGUUCUCCAAGGGCAGUCUGCAGCAGAAGGAUGCGGAUGGCCGCCCGUACAUGGAGAAGUACAUCUUGCGCAAGGCGUUCGAUGUGAACCCUGACGACAUUGAGGCUGGCAAGAAGGUCGAGGGCUCGCGUCCGUACCUGCCGGAGAGCAUUCUCUGGCGUCAAAAGGAGCAGUUCAGUGACGGUGUCGGCUACUCGUGGAUCGACGGUAUGAAGGAGCACGCUGAAAAGAUCGUCAGCGACGAAAAGUUUGCGGAGCGCGAGAGUCGCUACCCGCUUGACACGCCUGAGACGAAGGAGGCGUACAUGAUCCGCGAGCUCUUCGAGGCGUGGUUCCCGUCGGACGCGGCGGCCAAGACGGCUGUGCGAUGGGUCCCACGUGGCGAUUGGGGUUGUGCUAGUGACCCGUCAGGUCGUAGUGUGGCCAUCCACGAUGCGGCUUACGACGAGGCUUGA